UUCCUGAGUGGCUGGCGGUGGCGGCCAUUUUGUAGUGCUGCCUCCCUCUCUUGCUCGGACUGCGGUGUCGGGACCUGGCGCGGGGGCGAGGCGGAGCGAGGGGAGCUGGGGCCCGCACCUUCCCUUCUCGUUGCGCGGCGGAGCCCCCCCAGCGCGCCCCCCGGAGACGGCUGCGGACGGCCCUCACGCCGUGAUGGAAGACGACGGGCAGCCCAGGACCCUCUAUGUAGGAAACCUCUCCAGAGAUGUGACUGAAGUACUUAUACUUCAGUUAUUCAGCCAGAUUGGACCAUGCAAAAGCUGUAAAAUGAUAACAGAGCAACCCGAUAGCAGAAGGGUCAACUCUUCUGUUGGAUUUUCUGUUUUGCAGCAUACAAGCAAUGACCCUUAUUGCUUUGUGGAAUUUUAUGAACACAGAGAUGCAGCUGCUGCAUUAGCUGCGAUGAAUGGGAGAAAAAUUUUGGGAAAGGAGGUCAAAGUAAACUGGGCAACAACACCGAGUAGCCAGAAAAAAGAUACAUCCAAUCACUUCCAUGUGUUUGUUGGGGAUUUAAGUCCAGAAAUAACAACAGAAGACAUCAAGUCAGCAUUUGCUCCUUUUGGUAAAAUAUCGGAUGCACGGGUAGUUAAAGAUAUGGCAACUGGAAAAUCAAAAGGCUAUGGUUUUGUAUCAUUUUAUAAUAAACUGGAUGCAGAAAAUGCAAUUGUGCACAUGGGAGGCCAGUGGUUGGGCGGCCGUCAAAUCAGAACUAACUGGGCAACACGAAAACCACCUGCUCCUAAAAGUACACAAGAAAAUAGCACGAAACAACUGAGAUUUGAAGAUGUAGUAAAUCAGUCAAGUCCAAAAAAUUGUACUGUUUACUGUGGAGGAAUUGCCUCUGGACUAACAGAUCAACUUAUGAGGCAGACGUUUUCACCAUUUGGACAGAUUAUGGAAAUAAGAGUUUUUCCAGAAAAAGGGUACUCAUUUGUCAGGUUUUCAACCCAUGAAAGUGCAGCACAUGCUAUUGUUUCAGUCAAUGGAACUACAAUUGAAGGACAUGUUGUUAAAUGCUAUUGGGGUAAAGAAUCCCCUGAUAUGACUAAAAACUUUCAACAGGUUGACUACAGUCAGUGGGGGCAAUGGAGUCAAGUCUAUGGAAAUCCACAGCAGUAUGGGCAAUAUAUGGCCAACGGAUGGCAAGUACCACCUUAUGGAAUGUAUGGUCAAGCGUGGAAUCAACAGGGAUUUGGAGUAGACCAAUCUCCAUCUGCUGCCUGGAUGGGUGGAUUUGGUGCUCAGCCUGCCCAGGGACAAGCUGCUCCUGUAAUACCUAAUCAAGCUGGAUAUGGUAUGGCAAGUUACCAAACACAGUGAGCUGGGACUCUAUUUAAAUGUGUGUAUUUCAUGAUAGGCUUCAGUUUCCAGUGAUACUCUGAAGACUGGAAUGUAGACACCGGAAGAAGAAAAUAUUUAUUUUAAAAAUGGAAAUGUUUGGAACCUUUAGCACAGCUUUGCUUUGGUGAAGAACACACAUGUCUUCUAGUUCUGCCUUUUUAAGUUUUUGUUCAUGAUGGAUAUGAACAUUUUUUUCUUUGUGUACAAAAGCUAAAAUAAAGUCAAUAAAGACAAUUCUGACUACAAAUUUUGAUAUAGUAGGAUAAAUGGCUAAUGAAUUUGAACCUUAGAUUACCAUUCCAUUUUUUUGUUCUGUCUUCAGUGUUUUACAUCCCUGUGCUUUUUAAGAGAAAUGACUUUUGAAAUACAGUAAGUUGUUUUCAGUUAAACACAAAUCCUGAAAUUUAACUGUGGACCAAUCAUUACACCCUGUAAGACAGUAGUGGUUUUUCAACAAAUAUGAGGGCAUCAUUCAGAAAACAUACAUGCUCUUGGAAAUAUUUUUUUAAAUAUUUAAUUUUUCUAUGUGCUUAAAGAAGCUGAAGUCUGAUACAAAAUAAACUUUCAAUCUAAGCUGAAAAACACUACUGUCUGAGUUAUUUGAGCAAAUUUUGCUGUCCACAUUCAGGCACAUACUAAAACUUUUCAAAUCACUGGUUUGCUUUUUAAAACUAUAGUAAUUGCAUUUAAUUUUGAGAAGCAAAAAUGUUUUUGCAAGUAUGGUGUUUGUAUUAGUCAGGCAGUCAUACUUGUGCUUUUUACAUAAAGUUUGAAGGCUACACAUUGUAAAUAUUUAAUAACUACAAUGUUUCAAAAGCAUGCUCAAACAUAGAAGUAGCUUGUAAUUAUUCAAAGUAAUACUUAAUAUACUCUACUGCUUUAAAUGCAGUAGACUGACAAGAAUGUGCAAGACUGACAUUUCCAAAGUUGGCUAUUAUGUAAAGUUACAUAAAUUACUAUACAAAGAGCCUUAAUUUUAAUUUCAUAAAUCUUUAAUGCAUCACAUUUUUGUCAUUAGAAAUCUGAAUUUUUUGCUUUACAUUAUUGGGUAUGUAAAUACCUUUGUUAACAACCUUGUAAACCUAUUUCAAGGUUGUUAUAAGUUGUAUAGUAUCUUGAGUGUUUUGAAAAAUCUUGGGAUGUUUUUUAAGUCUAGAAAUAUUUUGCCCAAGAAUUUUUUAACAAGAUUGUUAAAAACAUCUUAUUUUACAGAAUAUUCAAUGUGCCAUUUGGUAAAUGGAGAUGCAGUUGAAACAGUACACUGAGUUGUGACUUAUUUUUAACUAAAGUUUUUGUCUUUAUGGGUGGUUUGCAUGUGAUGAACCUGUACAGAGGCUGGGUUGUUUGUGUACUGAGUGUGUAAAUGGAUAAAUCAUGAAGAUGUUUAAAUGGUAAACUUGGGUUAUUUCUGAAUUACUUUAUGGAUACAUUGAUAUAAACUGCCUCAAUAAAUUUGAAGUUGAAAAUGAA